GUUUUAUUGUGAUAAACGUGAGUGAAUUGUGAAGGAUUUAAUCUAAUACCUUAAAAUAAUGGCAAGUCCUUUUCUGACACCAAUUCCAAGUGAUUUAAUAUCGGAUUAUAUGUUUGGAAGACGACGUCAAAGAAGGAAUCGAACGACUUUUAAUUCACGGCAACUUGAAGAACUUGAAGGAUUAUUUCAGAAAACACAUUAUCCUGAUGUCUUUUUACGCGAGGAAAUAGCAUUGAGAAUAAGCUUAAGUGAAGCUCGUGUUCAAGUUUGGUUCCAGAAUCGUAGAGCAAAGUGGCGCAAACAGACAAGACUUCAACUGCUCCAAGAUGCAUGGAGAAUGCGACUUAAUGAAAUUAAUCCAGCCGCAUUAGCAUCAAAAGCAAUGUCCAUAAAUGAUAUUCCAAAGUCACCAUCAGAGUAUGAGAAAUUUAUUUGUGAGAAUGUAAUUAAAAAUUCACAAAAGUUUCAACAACAAACGGAAGCAUCGGCGGUGCUGUCACAUAAUGAGAAUGAGAAUUUAUUGUGUAAAAAUUUAAUAAGGAACAACAAUUCACAUGACGACAAGGAUUCAGAAGGCAGUGAUGAAUCAGAAUCGGAAAUAGAUUUAGUUACGACAAAUCGUGCUCAGUCUGACUCGUAUGCACUUGAUUACUCGAAUAGCAAUAAUAAUAAUAACAAUAAUAAUUUAAGUCAUAAGAACAAUCACAUCCAUGAAGUUAGUGAUAAGUGAAUGCAAUUAAUUAAUUAUUGAAAAUUUCUUUGGGGUUGUUUGUAAAUGAUGUGUGUUUUGAUAGCAUUGAGCAUAUCUUAGAGUCUUAAGUGCUGCAUUCAUUUAAGUCCCGAUUAUGGGAAACCAAAAUUGACGUCAUUUAUAAUCACGUUACCCCAAAAAUUGUACAAAAUGAGUGAA